AUGAACACAUCUUUAGCUGUCAUCAGCCAUGCCCCUCAUCGUUUCUUAAGCCUCACCAAAGUUAUCAAGUGCUUCUUGGAGCUUAAGCAUCCGAUAGACAAGUACUACGAUGAAAGGCUACAGCUCUCCAACCUGAUGUCGUCUUUGAAGGAGGAGUUAAGGCAACUCUAUUCCCUCAUUGCCCCGCUGAACACUAUGUCAGCCGCAGCUCCUUUGCAAGUCACCCGACCUUCAAGAGACAAAAAUGGUGAGAGCAAGGAGGACGCAUUCUUUGUAGAACACCAUAUGCUGGAGAAGACUGUACGGAAAUUUAGGAGGCUGAUGGAGAAGGCCUUCAAGAAGCGAUUCCUUGUCCGCUACGAUCACGAGCUGUUUCCCGAGACUUCAACAAAGAAAGACAAAGCCAAAUGA